AUUACGUCAAUGUUAUUUCCGGUUUGGGUCAGCUGUUGCAGUAAUUUCAAUGCAAGUUCGCAUAGCGUGUUAUAUCAGCGAUAUAAGGAUGAAAUAAACCUAAUCAAGAUCUUUAAGCCACAACUAACACCGUAUUAUCGCAGUGACCCGUUAUGUUUUCCUUGUUAAUGUCCGUUCAACCACAGGUGACUGUACCCCUCAGCCACUUGAUAAAUGUUCUCCAGUCGUUGAACGGCUCAGUGGGUACCCGCACAUUUGCUACAAGUAAAACAAUAAAUAACACAGAGUAUGCUAAAGACACAGAGCAGCCCCAUAAAGAGCCACUGUGGAACCUGCGUGACUUGGGCUUGUCAGAUCUUGGGAAGCAGCAAUUGGAUGAAUUGGUGAAUGGCGUUUUUCCACACAUUAGACCCCAAGAAGGGUCUCUGUCCUUAGGUCACAUGGGUCAAAGUGCAUGGAGGACCUCUCAUCUCUCAACACACUCCUUUUACCACAAUAAGCACGGUAAGCUUGGGUAGAUCAAAUAAGCUAAUCUUUUUUAACUUUGCUUCAGUAUGUGUGUCUUCUCUCGUACCAGGCUUUCCACAUGUUCCUGGAUCAAUAACUGGCCAGUAUGGGUCCAGAACAGAGGCUUUAAGACCUUAAGGAACAAAACCAGACGACUGCAGUCCAGUCUGGAUCGACCAAUUGAGCCAGAGGGAUUUACCCCAUCUUUUAUGAAGGGCUUCCUAACCCGGGAUAAAGUGGCAGAUGUGGAGAGUCUGGACAGCCUGUUAAAGAACAAGAACAUCCCAGAUGGGCAGCAGGAUUCUUUCAAAAGGGGGUUUGCCGAAGGGUUCCUCAAAGCACAAGCCCUAACACAGCGCACCCAAGAUUCUUUAAGGAGGACUCGCCUCAUCUUACUGGUGCUGCUUCUUGUUGGGAUUUAUGGCAUCUCAAAGACACCAUUUUUAUCGGUACGGUUCCGAACCACAUCAGGACUGGACUCUGCUGUGGACCCAGUGCAGAUGAAAAAUGUGACCUUUGAACAUGUUAAAGGAGUCGAGGAAGCUAAAAACGAACUUCAGGAAGUGGUGGAGUUCCUGAAAAACCCGCAGAAGUUCACAGCACUGGGAGGAAAACUUCCUAAAGGUGUGCUGCUUGUUGGACCCCCGGGGACAGGAAAGACUCUCUUGGCCAGAGCAGUAGCUGGAGAGGCUGAGGUGCCAUUCUAUUAUGCUUCUGGGUCAGAGUUUGAUGAAAUGUUUGUUGGAGUGGGAGCCAGUCGCAUCAGGAAUCUUUUCAGGGAGGCCAAAGCCAAUGCACCCUGUGUGAUAUUUAUUGAUGAGUUGGACAGUGUUGGAGGGAAAAGGAUUGAAUCUCCUAUGCACCCAUAUUCCAGACAGACAAUCAACCAACUACUUGCUGAAAUGGAUGGAUUCAAAACAAAUGAAGGUGUGAUUAUCAUUGGAGCUACAAACUUUCCUGAGGCUUUGGAUAAUGCCCUGAUCAGACCAGGACGCUUUGAUAUGCAAGUGACUGUUCCCAAACCAGAUGUCAAAGGUCGCACAGAAAUCCUCAACUGGUAUCUCAAAAAGAUUAAAGUGGACCCAGCCAUUGAGGCCAGUAUUAUUGCCCGAGGCACAGUGGGCUUCUCAGGUGCUGACCUGGAAAAUCUGGUGAACCAGGCAGCCCUGAAGGCAGCUGUUGAUGAGAAAGAUAUGGUUACAUUGAAAGAGCUGGAGUUUGCUAAAGACAAAAUUCUCAUGGGUCCUGAAAGAAGGAGUGCAGAAAUUGACAAGAAAAACAAGGAAAUAACUGCAUAUCACGAAUCAGGCCAUGCAAUUGUAGCAUAUUACACCAAAGAUGCUAUGCCAAUCAAUAAGGCUACCAUCAUGCCAAGAGGACCCAGCCUGGGACAUGUGUCCAUGCUCCCUGAGAAUGACCGCUGGAGUGAGACCCGCUCCCAGCUGUUGGCCCAGAUGGAUGUGAGUAUGGGUGGGCGUGUGGCAGAGGAGAUGCAGUUUGGACCAGAAAACAUCACAACAGGAGCAUCUAGUGACUUUGAUGCUGCCACCAGGAUUGCAAGGAUGAUGGUGACCAGAUAUGGAAUGUGUGACAAGUUGGGAGUAAUGACCUAUAGAGACAUGACGGAGCAAAGCCCAGAGACACAGGCUGCUGUGGAGCAAGAAGUCAGACAGCUUCUGAAGGAAUCUUAUGAACGUGCCAAAGCUCUUUUGAAAUCUCGCACUAAAGAGCACAAAAGUCUGGCAGAUGCCCUGCUCAUGUAUGAGACACUAGAUGCCAAAGAAAUUAAAAUGGUCUUGGACGGCAAGGCUCUGGAGAGCAGAUAAGACCAGACACUACUGAUGGGACAGCAGAAAACAAUACCACACACCAUCUCAAGUCAGUCAGUGCUCAAACUAUUUAAUGCUGUCACUGAAGAUGAAAGAAUAUUCUUCUGUCUUUCUCAGGUCACUUAGUAAGUGUUAGAAAAUAGUGAAUGUACAUUUACACAAAUGUUAAGUUUGGGUCUGUGGAAUCCAGUUGUGACAUGUAGGUGCUUAUUGACAUCAGAACAGGUGUCCAACUGGAUGUCACAAAAAUCUUACAUUCUCGCUGUUCAAAUUCCAAAUCUUGCUGCAUUGAACUCGUACUUAAUUUUAUUAAGUAGCCACAAAAUGGAUAAACUGCUGUCUGCAUCAGAUGUGGGAAAUGUUUGUGGAUAUGCACUUAUGCACUCUAAUGUCAAUAGUGUAUUUUAAAGUUGUGUGUACAGAUAUUUGUUAAUUAAAAUGUUACCCAGACUCAAAACUGUUCAAUUGUCAAUUUGGCUCCUCAAAACAGUACAAAAGAAAUGGAUUCUCACAUUUAGAGCCCUAUACUUUGUUGUCAAAAUUGCUGACAAUAUGUGAAUUAUUGUAGGAGAGAUGAUGGUUGGUGAACUGAAGCUGUGUAUUUCCUUCAUGAUGUGGCUACGGCUUUAUCAUUUUUAUGGUAAUGUUUAAACUGGGUCAAGUGUGAAUAAAUUUGAUGAAAACAUAAA